CAGAACGACGCCUAUGCUAACGUUAGUUCGCAGUGAGGUGGUGGUCCCACUUGAAACUUUGGAUCGAACACGUGAUUCGUGCUACUUGUGUUAUUUUAGGCGUAACUUAUCAGUCGAAGAUGGGAGAGGGUUUCCCCCAGAAGCUUUGAAACUCAUGGAUAAAUCAAAAUUAGAGCCUGAAAAAAUGGAAUUGGUUGGUGUGACUCAUGUUGUGGACGCCAUUACAUUUUGGGCUCAGAAUGUGAACGAGGACCAGGCGGUAGAGAAGAUGACUAACAUGUUGUCAGAGAAGUGUCCUGUUGCUAGAAGGCUCAUGAGUAAUCCCAGUCCCCAGAAGAUCUAUGCUGCACUCUUUUCUGAAGAUGGUUGCUGGUACAGAUGUAAGGUCCUACAGCAGACUGAGGACAAGUUGGAAGUGUCGUACAUGGAUUAUGGAAAUACCGAAGUCAUCAGCAGAUCAGCCCUUGUGGAGCUCUCGGAGGGCCUACAGACAGCUAGUCUGGCCAAGAAGUACAGGUUCUGGGGUUUUCAUGUUUCCAGUGACCAAGAUUCAGCACAUUUUCUGCAGGGAAAGACCUUCCUGCAGAAUUUGAUAUUUGGGAAAAAACUACGAAUCCAGAAGAAGUCUGUGUGUUUUGAUGGAACCAUUCUGGUCCAAGCGUUCCAGGGGAACUUGGAUAUUGGGGAAGAGGUCCUGAAAAUGAAGUUUGCAAAACUGAGCCUCCCUGAGAACAGCCCACAGCCCAGCCGAGUGCUUCAGGACCCUUCAGCUCUCUGGCCUCACCGUGUGUUGGAGCGAGGUGACCUCGAAAUGUCACCAUCCCUAGGAAGCAUGCCAAAACUGCGCCCCGCCUUCACAGAUCAGAAGCCUCAGGCCCAUAAGGAGAAGGCCACGACCACGCCCCUUCAGCCUGCCAACCUGCUGAAGAAGAAGAUGGAUCAGGAGCUGAUGGAGGAGAACGAAAGGCUGAAAGCAGAAAGGGGCACCCAGCAGCAGGGUGCUCUUCUCCUGGAGAGGGAGUUGAGGGACACUCGAGCAGAGCUGCAGAGGGCAAAUUUAGCAGUACUGAAAGAGACAAAAGAGGUGGAGAAACUGAAGGCGGGGAAUGGUGUCCUUCAACAAAAAAUGGACAUCCUUCAGAACCAGCUGAAGGAGACCAGGCUGGCAUUGGAGUUGGCACAGCAGGAGAAGCAGAAGAAUGCGGGGGAGGUAGAGAAGCUUUUGGAGACCGCAGCAGGGGAUAAGCUGGGGAAACUUGCAGAGAAAGUGGAUUUAGUGAGAAAUGUAAGAAAGCACAGUUCCAGCAGCACUGUGGGGGACAGUCUGCUACAGGCCAUCACCAUUGUCAUGAACAAUAGACUCUCCAUCCCUGUUGCCAUGGAGAAGUUGGAGGUGGCAUGGAAAGAGUACAGUCAUGCGCAGGAGAUGGUGAAAGCCUGCCAGAUGAGGAAGGAGCUGGUCGAUCUGAUUGACCACAGGAACAAGGUGAGGUGUGCCCUUGUGACUGCUGUGGAUGACUACAUACAGGAAGUUGACGGGCUGCCAAUCAGUGAGCGUAUGGACAUGCUCGAGCAUGUGGCCGUGUCUCUGACAGCGGUGUUCGGCCCCUUCUUGGCGGACGACGCCGGCGAGCGGGCGUUUCACCAGUUCUCAGAGUGGAAGAGUCGCAAGCAGCAGGAGAGCCAGAGCGUGAGGGAGAGGACAGACACCGCUCUGCAGUCCCUGUGCUCCUGGUUCAGCGACGCGGGAAAGUUCUUCUGUUUGUCGAGCAAAACAUCAGUGUGCUUGAGUGACGUUUUCGUGGGACUGGACGCACUUCUGAAGAGGGCAGAGCUAGACCUGUUCAAGGAGCUGGAGGUGUCCCAAACCGAGCAGAAGGAUCAGGAUGUUCAGAUUGUGUCUGGCGCAUUUAACAAAGUCAUUCAGGAGAUUCAGAGGGAGCAGAGCCUCCUGUGCAACAUUCGGGAGAAAUACCUGCAGAACCUUCAGUUUAAGGAGGAGCUGCACCAGUGGCAGAACAACAGCCCGAAUGCAGACAAACUCUUCCUCAUCAAGAAGAGCAUCAGGAGCCUGAGGUCUCGGCUGCGCUGGAGGCUGGUGGAGGAGGGAAGCCUGGAGGAGGCUGAAGAGCAGGACUUGACUGAAAUUGUGAAAAAGAAGGAAGAGAUUGCUGAGACAAGGAAUGCCCUUUUUCACGAGAUAAGUCAAGAGAAGGAUGAAUAUAAGAAGCUGAGUGUUCUGGCCAAGGGGGGCUUCCCCGAACUUCCACUGCUCUACCCCGAGGCAGACAUUCUCAGCUACAUGACCUCUGAAGGUCUCCUGGUGAAGAGUCUGGACCGGGAGGUGUUUGACACCGAGCCAAUGAGGGAGCUGAGCGGGAGGAGACCACUGCUGUGCACGGAGUUCCAGGGUCAGAGGGUCAUCCUGAAGGGGUAUGCCAUAGAUGAGGAGACUGAGGCACGGAUGCUAGAGGGAGCGACCGCGUACCAUCGAGCGAGGAUGUUCACUGAGGAGCAGGCUGGGCUACUCCCUCUGGUGGCCCUUUUCUUGGGAAAGUCUGACCCACUGGCGUAUGUGAUGGUCCCGUAUUUCACCGGCGGAAGCCUGAAGGUGGUGCAGAAGUCCAGCCCUUUGACUGCCUCUGAGACAGUUGGGGUGAUGAGGGGCAUGGCUCUGGGACUGCGGACACUGCACAGCUCUGGCAUUACCCACGGAUCUCUGCACCCCGGCAACGUGUUUGUGCUCAACCGAGAGCAGGGCAUGGUGGGCGACUUCGACUUCACAAAGACGGCCGAGCAGAGGGCUGUUGACAGUGCUAUGGUGGCGGGCUCUCUCAGCCUGGUGGCCCCAGAGGUCCGGCAGGGCCAGCCUCCCUCUCAGAGCUCAGACAUGUACUGUGUCGGCUGCCUGCUGCUCUGGCUUCACUUCCCAGAUGCCAGGUAUACACUGAAAACAGAUGGAUUGAUACCAGAUACAAGUGAACUGAAACUGGUGAGUGUUGUUCUUCUGUUUUAUGCUGCACAUAAACUUCCCUCGGGGGACAAUGAAAGCUUACUAAAGAAUUUAAUAAAUGAUUUCUGUUUUUAUUUUAUAGCAUUAUGAGAGGUUAAGGUCAAACACGUCUCUAUAACGCAUCUAUGCUUUCACAGGAUCCCAAACUCAAUGGCUUGCUAUCAAAGCUGCUGGUAUGUUCCGGAAGGUUAACGGCUCCUGAAGUCCAGUCUGAUGACUAUUUCCUGGAGGGUGGGGUCUGAGCAUGUAACCAUGACAUUCAAGAACAGCUGAGAGACCAAUGUGAACCAUACUUUUUGUUGUCGUGACAUUCCUACUAUUGCUUUAAUUUUUAAAAUCUUUCCUGUUGCCAAGUUACUUUUUUUGUAUUCAUUGUUGAAUACCAUUUGUUUUGAAUGUUCUGUUAAGAUUUAACUACAAAGCUGCAGGAACCCCUUUGUUUAUUCCUUGUCCUGUUAAACACUACAAAUUAAAAAGGAUGCUUGGAAA